CUUGUUUCUACCGGUCUGGUAAACCGGUGCACUGGCGGUUUGCUUCAAACCAUUAUGGCGUCUAGAAGAACAUCAACAAUGCCAAGUACUUUUAAAAGUACCGAAGCUAAGAGCUCGAGUAGCGGGAGCAGUGCUGGUAAGCCCAACACCGGAACUGGCAAGAAAAGUGUUAAAUCAGGUGGAACUAUCGUCAAAUCUCGAUACGGGCAGACAUCGCUUUCAAAGAGUAACUCACUGACCAACGAGUCUAUUGCUGCUCCGCCGCGACCUUCCUCACCAAAACCGAGGGUGGGCACUCCACCACGACGCUCAAUGGCCCACCAGGCUCCAGGAAAGUCAGUGAUGUCACGGGGAAAUGAGCUUUCAUUGCUUGGAAAAAGUAUUAUGCAGUCCACUUUUGCAGAUGGACAGGACUUUCCACCAAGUUUUGAUAUUUCGGGCAUUAAAGAAGAAACAAUUGUUGAAAAUACAGUUGAGCUCGAAAAGAAUCCAGAGAUUAAUAAGAGGGACAUUGAGAUGCAAACGUUCCUACUGGCCUACAUCACAGCUAAGAUGGAGAGCAAUACUACAAAGGCAAAAGCUGAGGCAGAGGCCAAGCUCAUGCAGGUGAUGGAGGAAGAAGAGGCGCUGCAUAAUGAGGUCCAGGAAAAGAAACGCCAGUACCUGCUCAUGGAGCAGGACAGGCAAUUGAAUGAGCUGCUGGAUUUACAGAUCGCCGCACUGACUCCCGUGGUGGAAACUGCCAAACAAUUCACAAAGGAUUACAAGUCUUUCGCCACAGCCGUUGACACCACACGACAUGAGCUGCCUGUCCAGAAUUUCUACAUUGAUGGGGACAGAAAGGAAUUCCUAGAUAAAGCCGAGACUUGCCUGAAGGAGAGCGAAAUGCUGCUGUUGCAGUGCACGGAUGGAGAUCUUAAGGACGACAGUACUUCUCUGGCGUCCCUUAGGGACAUGAAAACGACAUCAAAGACCAUAAGCCAGCAGCUUUCUGGUGCAUGUUCAGAGCUGCUGGAAUUGUCAUCGUUGGUCUCCCGACAUACAGUCCAUGUCCAGCAGGCCACCGAGGAAGAACAGCUUGGAGCUACAAGGACACACCAGCUCUUUUGUCCCAAACAAUGAAAGAUACCACACACUGUGAAAUUCACGCUAUAUGCACUUUGGAUACUCUUUAAACCAAUAAAUUAGUACAGGCAUUUGUAACUUUUGUUGUAUUGUGUUUUUUUUUUAAUGAAUCCUGUCCGAAUUUUGUACAGAUUUAUUAUAUGUUGUCAUGCUAAAUAGUUACUCGUAAUAAAU